AUGGAAAGAUUCUUCUUCGUCUCUGUCUUUCUUCUUCUUCUUCUUCUUCUUUUCGUCCAAACCAACAUCUCCUUCGCUUUCCCUCUCUCCACCGAUUCACGGUGGAUCGUCGACGAUGGCAUUAAAGGGCGGCGCGUGAAGCUCACGUGCGUCAACUGGCCGUCGCAUCUAGAAACUGCGGUUGCGGAAGGGUUGAGCAAACAGCCUAUAGAUUCGAUCGCCGAGAAGAUCGUUUUAAUGGGUUUCAAUUGCGUUAGAUUGACUUGGCCUCUCUACUUAGCCACCGAUGAAUCUUUCUCUGGGAUUAUGACCGUGAGACAAUCCCUUCGCAAGUUUGGUCUUUUUGAAGCUGUCUCUGGUUUUCAAGCUAAUAAUCCCUCUAUUCUUGAUCUUCCCCUAAUCAAAGCUUUCCAGGAAGUGGUUACUUGUCUUGGAAAUCAUAGAUUAAUGGUGGUCUUAGACAAUCACAUAAGCCAACCUGGUUGGUGUUGCAGUGACAAUGAUGGAAACGGGUUCUUCGGCGAUAGACAUUUAAACCCUAAUCUUUGGAUCAAAGGGCUAAUGAAAUUGGCAUCAAUGUUUGCUAACGUCUCAUCAAAUGUGGUUGGUAUGAGUCUGAGGAAUGAGCUUAGAGGUCCUAAACAGAACAUCAAAGAUUGGUACAAGUAUAUGAGAAAAGGCGCUGAAGCAGUUCAUUCAGUGAAUCCGGACAUUCUUGUCAUCGUCUCCGGUUUAAAUUACGAUACUGACUUAUCGUUUCUCCGAGACAGACCGUUUGAAGUUAGCUUCAGGAGGAAACUGGUGUUUGAGAUCCAUUGGUAUGGGUUUUGGAGUUCUUGGGAGGGAGAUAACUUGAACAAGAUUUGCGGGAGAGAAACUGAAAACAUAAUGAAAAUGUCCGGAUUCUUGCUCGAGAAAGGGAUUCCGUUGUUUGUGAGCGAGUUUGGGAUUGAUCAAAGAGGGAAUAAUGUUAAUGACAAUAGGUUUCUAAGCUGCUUUAUGGCUUUAGCUGCAGAUCUUGAUCUAGAUUGGGCGCUAUGGACUCUUGCAGGAAGCUAUUAUGUAAGAGAGAAAACCAUUGGAUCAGAUGAAUCUUUUGGAGUUUUGGAUUUGAAUUGGUCAAGCAUAAGGAAUUCAAUCAUUUUGCAGAUGAUUUCUGCAAUUCAGUCUCCUUUUCGAGGACCAGGUCUAAUGGAAACUCAGCCAAAGAAGAUAAUUUUCCAUCCUUCGAGUGGACUUUGCAUAGUGAGAAAAUCACUGUUUCAACUAAAGCUUGGUUCUUGCAAUAGAUCAGAAAGCUUUAAACUUUCUUCUCAUCGAGUUUUGUCACUAACAGAAGAACAAAUCUUCUGCUUAAAAGCUUACGAGAUAGGAGAUCCUGUGAAGCUGCGUCUGUUUUUCUCAGAAUCUUACUGUUCAAAAUGGAAAUUUUUGUCUGAAUCAAAGAUGCAGCUCUCGUCGUUUACAAAGAAUGGAGAAUCUGUUUGUUUGGAUGUUGAUUCGGAUAGUAACAACAUUGUCACAAAAAGCUGCAAAUGUUUAGAAGGAAAUGCUAGUUGCAAUCCCAAAAGCCAAUGGUUUAAGCUUGUUACUAGCACGAGAAGCCGAUGUAAAACGAAACCUUUUCUUCGAAUCAGUCCUUACUCAAAGACAUUUCUUCAUAAACCUUUAUCAGUCUGAUAAGGUAUUCAAGAAAAAAGUUCUAGUAGCUUUCACUAGGAUGUCUACUAUUGGACCGAAUCGGUUUGUUUUCUCUUGGGUUUGGUUAUUGAAUCGAUUAAACCGGAUUGGACACAUCUAGCUCUCACAGACUCACAGUGCUGAAGUGUGUAUAGGAUCAUACUUAUAAGUUUUUCCCAAUUUAUGGUACCU